AUGGUGCACUCCAAGGUCGUUAUCAUCGGCUCCGGCCCCGCCGCCCACACCGCGGCCAUCUACCUCUCGCGCGCGGAACUGCAGCCCGUCCUCUACGAGGGCAUGCUGGCCAACGGCACCGCCGCGGGUGGCCAGCUCACCACCACCACCGACAUCGAGAACUUCCCCGGAUUCCCCGACGGCAUCGGUGGUGGAGAGCUGAUGGAGAACAUGCGCAAGCAGUCCGUCCGCUUCGGCACUGAGGUGAUCACCGAGACCAUCAGCAAGGUUGACCUGUCGCAGCGGCCCUUCAAGCUGUGGACCGAAUGGAGCGACGGUCCUGAGGACGCCCCUGCCCGCACCGCCGACGCUGUCAUCAUCGCGACCGGCGCCAACGCCCGCCGUCUCGACCUCCCCGGUGAGGAGAAGUACUGGCAGAACGGUAUCAGCGCCUGCGCCGUGUGCGACGGUGCUGUGCCCAUCUUCCGCAACAAGCCCCUCUUCGUCAUCGGUGGUGGUGACUCCGCCGCCGAGGAGGCCAUGUUCCUGGCCAAGUACGGCAGCAGCGUCACCGUCCUGGUCCGUCGCGACAAGCUCCGUGCCAGCAAGGCCAUGGCCAACCGUCUCCUGGCCCACCCCAAGGUCACCGUCCGCUUCAACUCCGUCGCCACCCAGGUGCUCGGUGAGGAGAAGCCCAACGGCCUGAUGACCCACCUGAAGGUCAAGAACGUCGUCAGUGGCGAAGAGGAGGUCGUCGACGCCAACGGUCUGUUCUACGCCGUCGGUCACGACCCCGCCACCGCCCUGUUCAAGGGCCAGAUCAACCUCGACGAGGAGAGCUACAUCGUCACCAAGCCUGGCACCAGCUACACCAGCGUCGAGGGUGUGUUCGCCUGCGGUGAUGUCCAGGACAAGCGCUACCGCCAGGCCAUCACCAGUGCCGGAUCCGGCUGCAUCGCCGCCCUCGAGGCCGAGAAGUUCAUCUCUGAGCACGAAUCCCAGGAACCCGCCAACGAGACCGAGGUUCCCGCCGACGGCAACGCCCCCGAGUACAAGCAGAACCCCCUUCUCUAA